GUAAGUGUCAGAGAGAUUGGUGUACGAUAUAAAUCGUAAAAAAGUGUUCAAAUCCUCCACUAUUAUCAAGCAAGAAGUGUUAAUAUUGAUAAAGAAAGGCGCACAGUGCGUGUCGGUGCAUAUAUUUAACAGUGAUUUUUUCUCGAUCGCCGCACCCAAAUAACCACAAAUAUGCUGUCUGCUGCUAGAUUGAUCGCCCCUGCAGCCAGGUCUGCUAUCUUCAGCAACACAGCUUUGGUGAGGCCACUAGCGGCGAUCCCCUGCCAAAAACAGAUGGUCCCUGCUGCACCUGCACAGUUGUCUGCUGUGCGCUCCUUCCAGACCACUUCUGUAACAAAGGACAUUGACUCUGCCGCUAAAUUCAUCGGCGCUGGUGCCGCCACAGUAGGAGUAGCUGGAUCUGGUGCGGGAAUUGGAACAGUGUUCGGCUCCCUUAUCAUCGGCUACGCCAGGAACCCCUCUCUCAAGCAACAGCUGUUCUCAUACGCCAUCCUGGGUUUCGCCCUGUCUGAGGCCAUGGGACUCUUCUGUCUUAUGAUGGCCUUCCUGCUGUUAUUCGCUUUCUAAGCUAGUUACUUUUAAGAACACUACUACUGCCAUCCGAAAUGAGGUUUCAGUGUAUACUAUCUGGAGUGGACGGCCAUGGAAUCAAAUGUGUGAAACCUUACCCUCAUAGUGGUGCGAGAACUAAUGUGUUAAGUGUUACACUUAUCAGUGCAUAUAAUCAGGAAUACAAUUUAUUUAAUUAUGUAGUAUAAAUAAAAUCUGCAAAUAAAAUGUUGUACGUGAACACUUUAUUGAUUAUUAUUCCUGAUUUAUAAUAUAAUGUAGACUGUUACUCCAAAUCAUGUUACGCAUAGAAGCACAGUAUAACGGUGUUGGAAGCCGCUGAUGAUAUGUUUUAAGCCAGUUAUUUGCACUUUGCGUGCGAGUAUUGUCAUCGACUUUAAACUUGUUAUGCCGUUCGGGAAUGUCGGCAUCUGUAUUGUACAUUUUUAGGGCGAUUAAAUGAUACCAACCAAUAUUGA